UGUCUGCAAUGAUGGAGGAGUGGUGUGAGUUCGUGACCUAUUUCGGUACAUAGAUAUUCCGCACUCUUUGGCAAUCUCAGCAGUUUGGCACUUGAUAUGUGUGCUAGAACACCUCACCCUAAAGAUGUGUUCAAGUUGGAUGCAGGUGACAUUUCUCCUUGCACACUUGAUUGUUGCAGGAGCAGUGGUAUACCAGUACCCAGGGUCACUAACAGUGGCAGAGGGUACCAAUGUGACGUUUCACUGUGACAUCAGUGAAAUGGGAGGGGAAUGCUCUUAUAUCGUAUGGGUGCAAGUGGGACCUAUGAGAAAGCUCACACUCUGGCCUCAAAAAACCUACAGUGUCCACACCAACACGGCCUGCCUCCUGAACAUCAUCAAUGCCAACAGGACAAGUGUGGGCAUCUUCUACUGUGCCCUGCUUAAUGGUGCCAUGCUGAACAUGGGCAAUGGGAGUGUGCUGGAAGUCUCUGACCCUAUCACCUCUGAAGCUACUCUGGAGGUCCUGGUGCCUGUGGACUGGCAGGAGGCCCCCUCAUCCCCAGUCCCACUCCUGUGCCUGGUGUCUGGACUGGAUCCCAGUCAGGCCAGGGUGUACUGGGAGGUGGAGGGGAAGGUUCAGUCCUCAGAGCGUUUACCUGAGGUUCAGUCAGAGAAGCCAGCCACUGUCAGAGUCCAGAUCUCUGUACCUGGCCAUACCUGGGCUGAAGGUGAAGAGAUCACCUGUGUUAUGGAGAGCACCAGUGGGGUGAAGAUGAACAAGACAGUCAGCAGGAUGGGAAUGGAGAGGUCCAGACAGGGAAUGUUUCUGGCCAUCUCUUUGGGCGGCAUGUGUAUCCUUCUUUCUAUUGUGGUGAUUGUCAUCACCUUGUAUGUUUGCAGAAUGAGACACGACCCUCGAAAGAAAAGAUUUCAAGCCUAUGAGCACAACCAGGACGGAGCACAGGGUCUGACUGAAGUGCAAUAUGCCAGUUUAAAGUUUGGAGCUGGUCGUGGGAGACCCUUACCUACAGCCGCAGCUAAAAACAGACAAUAUAAGUAGGCUAAAGCUGCCCUAGUAAGACCUUACAUGUGAAUUACAUUUUCUACAAAAACAUAAAAGAAGUGCUUAUUCAUUCAGGGUCAUCGGUUUGUCAAAAUGCUCCUGUGCUUUCUUGCUUAUGUUUUCUGACCUACUUAUUUGAGUCAAUGAUGUAAGGAUUUUUGCCUUUAAAAUUAGGAACUUAUUUAGUCAGA